GUAGUGUUUCUCAGUUGCUGCACAACAGAUGGUCUAGCUGUGGAUCUGGACUUAUCAUGAAGCUGUAAAUUGAAAACAAAUUUGUAUAUUUCUUUACGUUUCUUUAUGUUCACCAAAGAUUUGUGUUCAUCUGGACGACAACCAGGACGAUGAUGACGAACGACAGUUGGACCAUCAUGAACAACAGCAGCUCAGAUAUCGACAGCAAACGAUCAAACAAAUACAAGAAAUGCUGCUGCAGCUUCCUCUCAUGGUUCGCCAUCGUGUUGGUCAGCACAGUAGCCAUCGUCACAGCAACAUUCACCAUCCUAUACCUAAACAAGUAUCCUCUGCCCUUCAUCAGCAGGGGUGAAGUCUUUUCCUCACCAGCGAUUAUGACCAAUCCCAAAGAUUCUGGCGCCCUGGUGACAAUAUCACGUGUCACAGCUGGAGAACCAAUCAACAUCUUCUUGGAUUCCAACUGUCCAGACUACAGUGAUAACCUUCUGCGGUGGGAGGCCCUGCAAAGCUCUCUGCGGCAAUCACUGAGCAGUCACAAUGCAGACGACUGGCAGGAGAGGGGAUUGGUGCAGAAGCUGGCCGAGGAGCUGAAGGUGAUUACAGGCCAUGCCCAUAACCUGAGGGUGGAAUAUGAUUCACUGAAAAGAAACCAAGGUGUUGUAAAGCAAAGACUGGACAGCAUGCAGAGUGAGCAGGAUCACAUCUUACAGGUGCUGACUGACAAUCACUCAGGUGUGUUGAAGCUGGCUGCAGGUUUCAGUGAUUCUCUGUUAAGCCUGCAGAGAGAGACAGAGAGUCUCAGGGUUCUUAAAGGAGAACUGCAGAAACACAGCAACUACAGAGCUGUCAGACCCAGAGACUGCAGUGCUGUCAUGGCAUCUGGCGUCACUCAGGACGGAGUCUAUUCUGUGUUUCCAACUCAUGGUGCUGCUGGCUUCAUGGUGUACUGUGAUAUGACCACUGAUGGAGGAGGAUGGACGGUGAUCCAGAGGAGGGAAGAUGGUUCUGUGAAUUUCUUCAGAGGUUGGGAUGCAUACAGAGAUGGUUUUGGAAAAACUACAGGAGAGCACUGGCUUGGUCUCCAGAGGAUAUACUCUUUCACUCAGUCUGGUGGUUAUGAGUUACGUAUUGACAUAGCAGACUUCGACAAUGCCACAGCAUUUGCUCAUUAUGCUGAUUUCUCUGUUGGACGAGACUCUGUAAAUCCAGAGGAGGAUGGUUACCCUCUGAGUGUGGACAAGUAUUCUGGGACUGCAGGUGACUCCCUCCUGAAGCACUCUGGCAUGCAGUUUACCACCAAAGACAGGGAUCAGGACCAGUCAGAGAACAACUGUGCAACAUACUACCAGGGGGCUUGGUGGUACCGUAACUGCCACACCUCCAACCUGAACGGGCAGUACCUAAAUGGAGGUCAUGCAUCCUAUGCUGACGGGGUGGAGUGGUCAAGUUGGACUGGCUGGCAGUACUCGCUCAGGUUCACCGAGAUGAAGAUACGACCAAGUUACAAACCAGAAUCCUGAAUUAUGUUCCUGAAACUGAGUUCUUUACUACUAAGUCCAAUUGAUAAGUCCUUGUCUUUGACAUAAACUUCACUCUGACCCUAAGCCUGACCUUUGACACAGUAGUUUUAGCAGGGGUCUGCAACCUCUAGUAUCAGAAGAGCCAUUUUUGACCCCUCUGCACCCAAAUAUAAUUAAUCUGGAGCUGCACAACCUAUUUGACCCUUAAAAUGAGGAUAAUAUCAUGUAUAAAGUUUUAUAUAUAAAUAUACUGUACUAACAAAAGUUUGUUGCAUUUGUGACAUUUAAUAACAAAAAAAAGAAAACCGUUGACAUUUCAUAGGCCUAUUUCAAAAUAAACACAUAAAUAUGUAGACCUAUUUGUAGGUCAUACUGCGGUAUGUGGAUCCAAAUGUCUACACAUUACUUCAUUUAAGUACUGGGAAUGUCUUUCCAUAUUUCAAACACAGGUCGGUUGAGUUUGGGGAGAUUUUCAAACAUUUGACGUAGACAUAGGAUGUUUUUAUUAAAACACUUUUAUUUUUCGCCUUGAUGUCUAAAUAAGAGGUGUUCACUUUGAAAGACAAAAAAAUCUAUUUAAAUAAAAUAAAAAGCUACUUUCUUUCUUCUUUCAAAGCUACAUGGAGCCACUGCAAAAAGGGCUGAAGGUUGCAGACCCCUGGUCUAGAUAAACAGAUGUGGUCCUUUUGCCAUGUUCAGACCUGGUAUUAACAUCCAUCCUGAGGAGGUAUUGCGGUAAGGGUUAGGGUUAGGAAAAUGGACACAUCCUUAAAUCACUUCCAAAUGUGGUUUCUGUGAUGAUCUGAGGGCACACUCAGAUGGAGUGGGUGUUCAGAUGAUGAGCAGAUCACUCAAAUCCAGAUCACAAUACCAGGUCUGAAUAGGGUCUUUGCGUCACAUUAACAUCUGUGGUGACAUGGAAUGGCGUUUCUUUUAUCUCAGGUCUUUCACACUGCCAGUAGGGGAAUUUGUUUCUCUGAUUUUUCUCCAGUGAGUCAUGUUUGAUGACACACAUUAACUUCCAAGGUGCAGGACGCAAGAAACAAACUGAAAAUGUUUCACUUAAGUCCCUUUUUCAAACUGAAUGAUUUUAGAUCACAGCUUGAACAGUGUGUAAAACAAUGUCACACUUCUAAAGGUACAGACUCCUAAAAAUAGACUGUAAAACUAUAGCAGUAAAUGAUGAAACUGGGGCAUUCAGCAGGCAGGGUGUCAUUUUUACAUCAUUACCCAUCGAAGCCAGACUGAGUAAAUUAACUCAGCAGUUAAAGAUGAUUGUAUCAGAUUCUUUUGCAGACAAAAGCCAGAUGUAAGUAGCUAUAAGUAGAUUUGGACAGGUGGAAAGAAGGAUUUUAUUUAGGUAUGUGGUGUUCAAUGUUAGCAAUGAUGAUGACUUCUUCUUCGAGCCAUAAAAUGAUUAUUGACAUUUCAAAGCACGGUGGGCAGAUAUAAGCCAACAGUUAAUCAAUAGAUGUGGAUGAUUAUACUUUGUGCAGUCACAUGGGAUGAAUAAAAUAAUUAUUGC